UUUCCUGGUACAAGCGGAAGCAAAUUUGCGUUUUGUAUUUUCGAUCCCUGUGAGUCUGAGGAACCCCCCAUCCCCCAACCCCGCCGUGCUGUCGCCCGGAUCUCACAUUUAUCACGCACAUCACACACUAAUUGAUCCACAACACAGCACAUAUACAUACAGACAUGGCGGAGGGGAAUCGGUUUUUCGCGGCGGUUGAUGAGGAGAAGAUGGAGGAGCAAUUGGUGGAGGAGAAGCCGGGAUCCAGCUUGACCCUUGAACGAGCCGCUGCGGCGAAGAAAUUAAUCGAGAAUCAUUACAAAACCCACAUGAAGGGCAUACAGGAACGCAGACAAAGGCGCCAAUUGCUGGAAAAGAUGUUGGCUAAUUCAGGUGUACCAGAGGAAGAGAGGAUGGAUUUUUUGAAGGAUUUGGAGCGUAAAGAGACAGAAUACAUGCGAUUGAGGCGGAACAGAAUUUCUGUUGAUGAUUUUGAGCUUUUAGCUAUAAUAGGAAGAGGAGCCUUUGGGGAGGUCAGGCUGUGCAGGGAGAAAGUAAGUGGCAAUAUAUAUGCAAUGAAGAAGUUGAAAAAAUUGGAAAUGCUUAAAAGGGGACAGGUUGAACAUGUCCAAGCUGAAAGGAAUCUGCUAGCUGAAGCUGCCAGUGACUACAUUGUGAAACUUUACUGUUCGUUUCAAGAUACAGAAUACUUGUAUUUAGUAAUGGAAUAUUUACCAGGGGGUGACCUAAUGACUUUGUUGAUGCGAGAGGAGACCUUAACUGAAACUGUGGCAAGAUUUUAUAUUGCACAAACUGUUCUGGCCAUAGAAUCCAUCCACAAACACAAUUACAUCCACAGGGAUAUUAAACCUGAUAACCUUCUUUUGGAUAAAGACGGUCACAUGAGGCUCUCUGAUUUUGGUCUGUGCAAGCCUCUUGAUUGCACAACUUUAUCUCCUAUAAAUGGAAAUGAUCCAACUGAUGGAGAGAACUCCAGCGGAUUAGCUGAUGGAAAUGGAUGCUUCCCAGAUAAAGAAGAUGGAAGCCAUUGGAAGAACCCCCUUGAACAACUGCAGCAUUGGCAAAUCAAUAGGAGGACACAGGCCUUUUCAACUGUUGGGACACCUGAUUACAUUGCUCCAGAAGUAUUAUUGAAGAAAGGCUAUGGGGUUGAGUGUGAUUGGUGGUCACUUGGUGCCAUUAUGUAUGAAAUGCUUGUUGGCUAUCCCCCAUUCUACUCUGAUGAUCCCAUAUCAACAUGCAAAAAGAUUGUGCACUGGAGAAAUCACCUAAGAUUUCCAAGUGAAUCAAGACUCACUCCACAUGCGAAGGACCUAAUCCGUAGGUUGCUCCGUGAUGCUGGUACGAGGUUGGGCUCUCAUGGGGCCGAUGAAAUAAAGGCUCAUCCAUGGUUCAAAGACAUAAAGUGGGACAAACUUUAUGAGAUAGAAGCAGCAUACAGGCCAGAGGUGAAUGGGGAACUUGAUACUCAGAAUUUUAUGAAAUAUGAUGAGGUGGAUCCGCCGCCGACAAAAUCAAGUUCUGGGGCCUGGAGAAAGAUGCGUAAUCCAACAGAUUUGAGUUUCGUUGGCUACACAUACAGAAACUUUGAGCCCGUAAAAGGAUUAACUAAGCCAUCAGACACCAAAGAGGGCACGUCCACUGAUCAGGUGUCGAUUGAUUCUAGCCGAAGUGAUUCUGCAGUCGAUUAUUCUACAUAAGACAUCAAUGACAGAAUGGUAGGUACUUCAUCAGCAGAUACUAUUUCUAAGCGGGACCAAAAUAUCUUGCACAACAUCUGUUGUAACAGAAGAUUAUUUUAUAUGAAUUGUUGUCAAUGUUGCCUCAUUUUCAGUCAAGUUGCGCUUUGUGUUUUGUAUCUAUUCUAAACUAAGAACUUGUCAACCUAGGAAACCUGCUAAUGUAAUAUAGUACAGAGGAACUUAAGAAUGCUGUUUGUUUUAAUUGUUAUUAAAUACUUUAGUUGCAGCUACUCUCCAUGUAGAGAUGAA